GAUGUGAAGUACUCCAGGUCAGCUUAUUCAUAUGCAAAGAUUCUUGGAAAGAGAGAUAAUGUACAGCGCAGUGAGUGACAUCGUGACAACUGGCUGUCUCGUACCUAGAGGGAAACGGUGGCGUGAUUACUUCUCUUACUUUACGAUAAUCGCAAAUAAUAAGAGAGUGCAGUUGACUGUACCUGCCGCAAGUACACGUACCUGGGGUAAGCAGGUGCAAGGUUUCAUGGAAGAAUAUAGAAAAGGGGAAACACAUGCUUACAUGCACCAUACAAGCAAGGCUGACAAGUGUUGACGAUAUAAGCCUACAACCCGCUGAGCAACUACCGCUACAAAAACGUUUAGUUGAUCAAAAAAGCCUUCUGCAGUCUACCUUUACCCAACUUUGUGAUAAUUCAAUGCUUUACCAUGACGUCAUGAGGACAGCUUACCCCCCUAUUUACCUGCCUUCGAAAACAUUUAAUUCACAGUAUUUAUAUUUCGAUUACGCUUAGAUUUAUUGUGCAUGUGCCAUGUGUGAGACAACGCAUAUAGACUUAAACUUUAUAUUUAUAUAUAAGAGCUUUUAAAGUAGGUCAUAGACGGUUUCUGCUAAAAAGAAAAUACAGCAUUUCAUUUGUUUGCAAUUGAUACGUGCACAGGAAACCGGAUGAUCAUUGAACUGGUGAAAUAUGAAUAAGGAGGGAAAACACUUUUGUCAGAAGCUUCACAUUGGGCAUACUAUACCAAAGCACACGCGUUUUCCAAUAACCCCGAAUGCCCUAAGCUUACCAGUGAUUAGUUUGAAGCCGUCAACUUUCCCAUAGAGCUGCAUAUUGUUGUGACAGUGCUUCACGCAAGAACAUGGCGUCAGCGAGUUUAGUUCGAUCUACCGAUCGUAGAAAUUCAGUUACUACUGGACCACUAGGCUACACCAUCACCGCUGAAAUAGGCCGAGGGGUGUUUGGAGUUGUUUUUCGAGGUGUGGAUCCGCGAGGAAAUGACUGCGCUAUGAAGCAUGUACAUCUAACCAGUCCCGUAGUUCGGGCUGAGAUAGCAAUGUUAUCCCAACUGCAUCCCCACCCGAACUUAGUACGGGUUCUUGAAGUCAGCGAGGAUCAUAAGAAACCGGACUUUGUAUGGUACGUGAUAGAUUUUUGUACAGGUCCAACCUUAAAUGAUUACAUCCUAAGCUCUGUUCCUAAGAUAGACGUUUCUUUAAAGCUUAAGCUCAUACUAGACGUCGCCAAUGCAUUACAAUACCUGCAUUCAAAAAACUUGUUGCACCGCAAUCUUAAACCCGACAAUAUAUUCGUGAGUGGAUUUGAAGGAGGGGAAGGGAUUGUCACUCGGUGUAAAGUGGCAGAUUUUGGCUUGGCACACAUUUGGGAAGCUAAUACCACCCUCCCGACAUCGUACUAUACCAAAACCUCGCACAGCUUCGGACCCCCAUUUUACACAGCCCCUGAGGUAAGAGAAUUGAAGAUUGUUACGGACAAAUGUGAUAUUUACUCGCUGGGAAUGCUUUUACUUGGAUCGAUAUUGGAAACGACGGCACAGUGUCUGUGGGCAGUAGAGAAGGAAAUGCUGGUGCCGAUAAUCAAUGAUCAAGACAUAGAAGAAGCCACACCUUUACAGAUACAGAAAGCAAUGGAAGACAAAGGUGUUAGAAACACCCAGCUAAUCCAAAUUGUCAUCCACAUGCUGUCUGUUGAUCAUGAAAGGAGGCCUAAUAUAUUUGAAGUAUGCUCACCUCUACUGGAUGCGUUAUUUGCGCAUUUUAAUUCCAGAUAGGCAGAAUGGGGAAGGUGGAAUAAUGAUGGGCUGUAUUGU